AUGUACAAGUGUGUCGACGCGUUCGUGUUACUUCUGCUGAUUCUGUUCCUGGACUCCAGGGACUGCUCGGCUAGUGCACAAAAUGAUGUACCUAACAAAAUAUUGUUUAACUCGGUGCAAGCAUGGGCAGUUAAGCUGGGCACCGAGUUAUAUCAUUUCGGAGAAUUUAUCACCAGGAAGAAAGAAGUACAAGACAGCUUUAAAUCAGCCCAAGUGGAGUCAAGAGAUGGAGAAAAACUAGUUCAAAGUAUGUCGGACGACAUUCGAGCCAUGAUGGAACUGAAAAUUAGUGCUGUCAAAAGAAUAGUUGAGGCGGCAGAGAACAUGGCAUUUGAUAAACAAAACGAACCGGUACCAGAAGAUUUUCAGUUUUACAAUAGCAAGGAUAUGGAAGAACCAUUUGAUGAGAUGGCUAUGACAACAACUACUGAAACAGACUUUAAUUUAGAUAGCUGGAUAGUGCGACCUCCGUCUAGGAAUGCACACCUCCAACAAAAUCCUCAUUUUUCAAAUAUUCUUGUAAAUACUAAUUUUAGCAGUGUACACGUGCCGACAAAUGUUUAUGCCUGGGCACCUGAAGUUAUUAAAGGAAUUCAUUGGUCGGAGGGUCUGGACACCCACUUCAUUAAUAACUAUCAGAGUGACCCAACGCUAUCGUGGCAAUACUUUGGUAGUUCAACUGGAUUUAUGAGACAUUACCCUGCAUUGAAGUGGAGAGCAGAUCCGGUAGAUAUUUAUGAUUGUAGGACUCGCGCCUGGUAUAUGGAAGCGGCCGCUAGUCCAAAGGAUGUAAUCAUUUUAGUAGAUCGUAGCGGUUCAAUGACGGGCCAGCGGAGAGACAUUGCCAAACACGUCGUCACAAACAUAUUGGAUACGCUAGGCAAUAACGAUUUUGUUAACGUCAUGACCUUUGCAGACACUGUUGAGGAGAUUGUGCCGUGUUUUGAGGAUUCUUUAGUGCAGGCUACACUGGGAAAUUUACGGGAACUCAAAUUGGCGUUAGAUAAUUUUGAAACAAUGGAAAUAGCAAAUUUUUCGGCCGCUUUGACACGAGCCUUUGAACUUCUAGAAAUCUAUAGAAAUAACAGCGGUGGAGCCAAUUGUAACCAGGCUAUAAUGUUGGUAACUGAUGGCGUACCAUACAAUUACAAAGAGAUAUUUGAGAAAUACAAUUGGAAGUACGAUACCCCAGUGAGGGUGUUUACGUACCUGAUAGGGCGCGAGGUAAAGGUAGUACCACUUCAGGUGGCAGAUGUAAGAGAAGUGAAGUGGAUGGCGUGUGCAAAUAGAGGAUUCUACGUGCACUUGAGCACGUUGGCGGAAGUGAGAGAACGGGUUCUAGAACACGUCAAUGUACUGGCGAGGCCGCUAGUGCUGCAGCGAGAGAAGCAUCCAGUUGUGUGGACACCUGUCUAUGCUAACGUGACGGACCCUAAGGUAGCGGAUUAUCUUUGGGAGCAACGCGAGCGAGCAGAGCAGAAGGAACGGUUUAUGAGUCAACGUCGCGACCGAAAUUUAUUCAACUCUAACAAAGAACAGGAAAGAAGAUACAGAAUCACACAGAUGAAGCAGGGACAGUACAGUGAACUCGGCAAUUCACAGUAUCAGUUAAUGACAUCUGUGUCUAUGCCCGUGUACGACCUGCGUCAUAACGAGUCUCUCCGAAAGAGAAGACAUUGUUUUCUAGCCGAAGUUGUUACAAAGCAUUUAUCUAUAUGUUAUUAUAUUUUAUUGCAUUCGUACGUCCACAACCAAUCGCAGUCCGUAGAGGAGAACGGCCAGAAAGAGAUGCGUAUUGCUAGACUUUUGGGAGUCGCUGGCACAGACGUACCUCUUUCUGAGAUACAAGCCCUCAUGACGCCUUACAAGAUCGGCGUAAAUGGAUACGCGUUCAUUGUGACGAACAAUGGAUACAUUCUGAUUCAUCCAGACCUGAGGCCCGUGUUUCAACAAAUAUUGAAGCCAAGCUACAACAGCGUAGACAUGAUAGAAGUUGAACUCUUUGACGAUGACAGAGGUCCCAGGAAUUUUAGCAAAGAGUUGACUGCUCUUCGGCAGGAGGUCAUUGACCAAAAAACAGGAAACAAAGUAAUGAAUGCCAAAUAUCAUCUAGAAGACAUGAAACGUGUAUCCCGUGGAAAAAGACAUUACUUUUGGACGGGCAUCAGUGACUCUCCAUUCACUUUGGUGGUGGUAAUCCCAGAGAAUUACGGGAGACAUCGUAUAACACCGCCACCCACAGAUGACAUACACCGUCUCUCUCUGACGUCCAAAAAUAUAUCGGCGAGGCAAUACCUAUCGGAUAAGUGGACUGUUCAUCCUGACUGGCUAUAUUGUCGUCAUUACGAGCGUACUUUCUCGUCUCCUGAAGAAGAGUUGCUAUAUUUUUUGGAGAGAGUGGCCAAGCCAGGCUGGCGGUGGCCAGCAAAGCCUCGACCCCCUGAACACCAUAAGAACAAACCUGGACACGAACGGCAUAACAAUGGAACAUCAGAAGCAAGAGAAAGGAAUAAAAUUUCAAACAGUACACCAAGGAACGAAUAUUACUGUGACCAUGGGCUAAUGCAAGCCUUGGUAUACGACGCAAGAAAUACUGCUUGGUUCAACAAAAGUAUAUCAGAUUCUGCAUCUGAAGAUAAGGCGACGGAGUUUAUUCAGCGUUUUGGGUACAUCGUCGCUUUCUUGUCGACUCACAGUGGUCUGACGCGAUGGCAGACUCAUCCGCCAAGAGAACACGAUAGUGAUAAGCCUGAAUUUGCAAAGCAAUGGCCACGAUCUAUCGAUGAGGUCUGGUACCGUCGGGCUGUGGAACAGCACUAUGUAGAUCCUCUGAGCUACGUAUACAGCGUGGAAUUGAAUACAGACAAAUACCCCCUCAAAGUGAAUGAAGCAAUGGUCACAGCAUCUCAUGCAGUGUUCCAUGGCGAUGGUCAUAGAAAAGCCCCUGCCGCUGUUGUAGGCUUUCAGUUCAAACACGAACGGCUUAGCGAGUGGUUUGAUAAUAUCACGUCUUCGUGUGAACACAACAAAAAUUGCACCACUUGUCAAUCGGAGAACUGGGAUUGCUUUCUCGUUGACAACAAUGGCUGGAUAGUUGUCAGCGAAAAUGUCAACCAUACGGGACAAUUCUUUGGGAAA